AUGUUGGACACCAAUCCUUGGGUGAAGUCUCGCUUCUCUCAUUUCAUCGAGUUCGGAGAUUGUGGCCUGGAGGAUUGCCUCCAUUUGUUCCAUAAGAGAGCAGCCACGGGGAACUUCACCCUGCAAGAAGCUGCAGAGUUGGAACUGAAGGACGGCUUUUCGACAUUGCUACCCUUGGAUGGCUGCGGCUCGCGAUGUGGACAAAGUCUGGAAAGCUUCCCUCCAAGACUCGGGCCUUGUUUCACAGGAUUCCAAGAUGGCUCCCACUUUUGCUCCGUGGAUAGUGGAGCUGGUUCCUGUUCAUGUGGGACCGGAAGGACCAGAGCUUGGUUGAAGGACGCCCAGAAAGCAUCAGACUUUGUGCACAGCAGAUCAAGUGAGUGA